AUGCCUAGUGUACUACUAGCACCUCUCGCUGAAUGGCCUCAUUUGCAGGGACUCGCUCUGGCCGACCCUGAAUUUCAUAAACCUCAGCCAGUGGAUAUGAUACUCGGCGAGGAUAUCCUUAUGGAUAUUAUUCGCGAUGGUAUUGUCAGGGGCAAACCUGGCACGCCCACCGCAAUUAAUAGUGUAUUUGGUUAUUUGCUAGGAGGUAAAGUAAAUUUUACUCCUAAUGUUUCGACUCCACGCCAUGCUUGUUUUACGUCGUUCGACAACGACAAUCUGCAGAAGUUUUGGGAGCUGGAGUCAGUACCAGAGAUGCGGAGUUACACUCCCGAAGAAAAGCUAUGCGAAUCCUUUUUUCAAAAGACGCAUACGCGCGAUGAAACAGGGCGAUACGUGGUCGCUCUGCCAUUCAAGCCCGAUGCACCGCCGCUCGGUGAGUCUCGGCAAAUUGCCCUAGCACGAUUUCAUAAAUUAGAAUAUCGUCUAGAACGUAACCCCCAGUUGAAGGCGGAUUAUCAUGCUUGCCUCCAGGAGUACGUGGAUCUCAACCACAUGGAGCUCGCGGACGAUGAACCCCCUGCUAGUGCGAGUUACUACCUACCCCACCAUUGUGUGUCAAAAAUUUCCGAAACCACACGCACACGCGUAGUGUACGACGCUGGUUGUCGCACAACGAGUGGUCACUCGUUGAAUGACGCCUUGUUAACGGGUCCUAAGUUACAUUUAGACAUUGUUGACGUUCUUCUAAAAUUCCGAGUGCAUAACAUUGCAUUUUGUUCCGACAUCAAACAGAUGUAUCGCAAUAUUCUGGUGCGUGAAAUUGAUAGGGACUUUCAGCGCAUCCUUUGGCGCCAAUCGCCCGAGGAGCCUUUACGCGAUUAUAGACUUCGUACCGUUACAUUCGGUGUAAGCAGUUCCCCUUAUCUCGCCUUACGUACGAUCAAACAGUUGGCGUACGACGAGGCUAAGCAUUUCCCGCUCGCCUCACCAGUCCUACUAAAUGACGUUUUCGUCGACGACGUGGUAACCGGUGCUGAUACCACAGCUGAGGCCCUCGCUCUGCAGCAGGAGCUGAUAGGGCUCGGCCGAGUCACGGCCAACCUCGCAUGGGUAUGCUUCCCGCGGUUCGCUUACGCCCCGCGCGCGUAUUUAGUAAAACUGCAUGCGAUUUUUGCGGACCAUUCUACGUUCGCGCUAAUAAACAGGCUAUACAGCAUUUCUGGCGUCGAUGGAGUCGUGAGUAUCUCCAUCAACUGCAACAGAGUACAAAGUGGCUUCAAGAUCGCGGUCCCGCCAUCCGUGAAGGCACUGUUGUUGUGGUAUGCGAAGACCACUUGCCACCGUUACAGUGGAGGCUCGCGCGCGUUCAUGCUGUCCAUCCGGGCACUGAUCAAGUUAUUCGUGUCGUAA